ACACACACCCCUCCCAUCUCCCAUUUCUCUCUACACAGCUGCAGGAAAAAGAGUGAGGGAGGAAGAGAGAGAGAACCAGAGAGCAGUGCAGCGAACAAACAAACACGCCGAACAACAGCCGGGAAGGCAGAGAAGGACGCACGAAUCAAACUCGCCGUUAUAAUAACGGAUUCGCCAGUGACAACGUGAGGCAGACUUUUUUUAGGGUACUAAUACAUCUCCGUUUAAAUAUGCAUUACUUGGUAUCAAGCUCUUUUAUAUAAAGCGGUGGGAUCACGUCCUAUAGUUUAAUUAAUUCCACCGUCAGGCAGUUUGGAAACUAUAAACGAACAAUGCAUUCUGCCGGCGACCACUAAAAAGGAUGACAUAGCGAUGACAGAGAACAGCGACUGAACUGAACCUUUGUAUUUUAAUCUGUCUUUUUCUUUUAAAUAUUAUUUCGUUUUCUGAGAGCCAAAUAAGCCUUAAGAUUCACACUCCUUGCGACCAGCGUCUAUCGGGUCACCUUCGAAAUUUACGCGGGCGUCUUGUGUUCGUGCGUUGUGUGUGCAAGAGUGAGCGGGUGCCCGAUAGCCUUUUGGAGAGAGAGCGAGAAAGAAGAGAGUCUGGAUAUAAGCGUGAUCCAACCCUCCAGACAGCAACAGAAGCAGCAGGAUCCGGUCCUCCAGAGUAGCAGUCUAGCCUCAUCCCCAGUCCCGCAGCCCCAUGCAGGAUGCCCGGGGGGGAGCGCUGGUCCUGGGGUGUCCUCCUGGUCCUGCUCUUCCCGAGUUCAUGACACCCUGGGCGGCUUCAUCAUGCGUCUCCUGCCCGCUCCAAGUGCCCAAUCUCUCCGGCUACUGUUUCUCUUUAUCUUCGUGAUGGGGGUUGCCCCUUCCCCGGCUCUCACGGCAGGCUGCCCGGACAGGUGUGUGUGUGACGACCAGCUGGUGGUCCAGUGCGCCGGGCAAGACCUCACCCUCUUUCCCAACGACCUCCCAUUAGCCACCCGCCAACUCAUCAUCUCCAACAACCGCAUAAGAGACCUUCCAGCAUUACAACUCAACUACCUUUCUGAUCUGGUCUAUCUAGACGUCAGCAACAACACACUGACGGAGAUUUCAGAGUCCACCUUCGGGAAUCUCCGGAAGCUGGCCUACCUGGACCUGUCCUUCAACACACUGAUCCAGAUCGAAGACAGGACGUUCGGACCGUUGUCCAGCCUCGUAAUGCUACGACUAACAGACAACCCGGGGCUAAAUGAAAUCCAUCCGGACGCGUUCUCGGAGAACUUGGCUUUGCAGGUGCUGGAUGUGAGCAGGAACAACUUGACGGCGCUAAACAUCAGCACAUUGAUCGCCCUGCCUUCGCUGCGCUCACUGGGGCUCAGCGGAAACCCCUGGACCUGUGACUGCGAGACGGAGGACCUCUGCCUCUGGGUCUUGAUUGAAGGAUUCAAGUUCCAAGACGAAGGCCAGACGGUGUGCCAGGGACCGAUGGAGCUGUCUGGGCAGCGUUUGGCAGAGGUGGGCCUGCAGCUACGGGCAGACUGUCACCAGGGCCUGGGCUACUGGGACUACCUGUUCUUCAUUGCCAUUGGCUUCGUCAUUUUCAGCGCGGGCACCGUGUCGGCGUGGGUGAUGGGGGUCCUCAUGGUGCUGUACGAGAGGUACACCAAGAGGAAGGACGAAGACAUGGACAGUGACGACGAGGAGGAGAGGCACACAGGGAACCAGGGGAACGGAGACCUGAACAAGCCUGGCAUGCAGGUGUGACAGAGCGGUGAAGGGGAGGAGUUACCGUGCCAGGAGCGAUGGACUGAGAAAAGGAUGGGAAGGGGUGGACACCAACAUCGGAAGCCCAAUGGGACCUUGGACUCCGUGGAGAGAAUGGACAUUACACCCUGUGUGUGUGCGUGUGUAUGCACGUGUGUGCGUGUGUGUGUGUGUGUGUAUGCACGUGUGUGCGUGUGUGUGAGAGAAUAAUAAGGGUGAAUAGGCCUUCCACUUAGUGAUUUCUGAACUAUUAGAGCAAUAAGCCCCCCUCCCCCCCGCCCACAAUUACAUAGCACACACAAACACACACAUACUCACUGCUACCCCGUCUCAGCACAGGUCCUGACAGCUGGUUUCUCUGGUAGUGAUAAGAUAAAGCCCUAAACAGACAGAGUUGGGGGACAGUACCGUAGGCUCAUAUUCCAGGCCAGCCCAGUGUUACUGCACGUAACUGGGUCAGAACCGUCAUCACACUGCCUCUACGCCACCAGAGGAAGCUGAGAUUCAUAGGUCUAGACUAACCCUGCCUCUCGCUUGCUCUCUCCCCUUUCUCCCUGCUGUCUGCCUUCAACUCAUUAGCGCAGAGCACACACACGAGAGCGGUGGGUGUGUGUGUUUGCUCGAUUAUUGCCAGUGUAGUUGAUGAGAGCGGCAGUAGUGUGUCUAUAUGUGGGCGUGAAGUAUUAGGAGGAUGUCAGCACUAGAUUUCACGAGGGGGUGGGGGUCAUUUGUAAUCACAGUCCGUGUCCCUGCCUCGCUGAAACACACACACACAUACACACACACACACUCCUCUCAAGGGCAGAGUUAAAGUCAGACCCUCAGGUCUGGGAACAUCAGCACCCCUCCUUUCAAUCCGUCUCUCCUUCUCACCUCUCAUCCUUCGCUCCAUCCCUCCAUACACAGGAGAGGAGUGUUUAGUUGUCAUGACAUGCACGCAAGCAGGCACACACACACACACACACACACAGAAACACACAUAGACACAGAUAAACUUCUACAACAUUAUUUUCGACAACUUUUGCUGGCCGUUAUCAGCUGAUGUAUUCAGAAAUUGCUGUUAGGGUGACAAUCCCAUCUGCUCUGAGCACACACACACACAGACAGAGACACACACACAAAGACACAGACAAACUGCAGCCACCUGGUCUGACUUUGCCACACACAUAGAACCACAAGCACAUAUUCAGAGAGAGACAGAGAGUGAGAGAGACACCCACACAGACACGGUGUAGCCAUCUGAUCUGUUGAAUGGACAGAUUAUAUCCCCAUAUCUGACAUCUGACAUGCUGCUGUCAAGGUGGCAGGGCCAGCACGUGUACGUGUUAACCCUCUAGAUUAUGACCAGGCUAAAAAUACAACCACUGGAGGUGAACCCAGAUCUGGGGAAUGCGGGCGUUGUGAGGAUGUCUGAGGACUGUGAGGUUGUGUUAGGGUUUUGCUCAGGAUAUGAAGGGUGUGGAAUGUGUGGGUGUGUUUACAAAUGGAGGAAUGGAAGUGGGUGUGUGAAAGAGACGGUCCUACCACUGUUAGAGAACUGCUGUUGGAGAGUCACUGUCGCCAAGGGCAGUGUUCUGGAAUCUUGCUGAUGUCUGCAACCAACCAAAAAGAGCCAGGGACUAUGUACCCUCUGGCCUCUGAGGUCCCCUGUCAUCCCCCAAGAGCACUGUGUGUGUGUGUGUGUGUGCGCACGAUGUGACCUCAGAAAAGGUCCUGCGAGUGUAUCGUUCGGCAUAAGGUGAAGAAGUUGUCGUUUUAAACAUGCAUCGACACUGCAUUUCCGCUAAACGUCCUGAUCUUACUGUGAGUUGGCCUUCAGAUGAGGGCUGCGUCUCAACACAUUGGCUUCCUCUGGUGGUCUCCUCUCCUGUUUCCCAGUAGGCUUUGAAAGCAAGGGCAGGAGACUGAAAAGGUUUGAAAUGCACCCGGGGACAUCAGUCCUAGAAAAUGACUUCUGAUGUUACAGUCCCUAAGCUUUCGCAAUCCCAGAAGCACCUAAAGAUGAGCGACAGUACUGGCUUGAGGCUGAGUGUGUGUGUGUGUGUGUGUGUCUGCGUGAAUUCAUGUGUGUGUGUGUGGGCGCGUGAGGAUCAGAUCACAGCGGCACUGCCUCAGUCUUUAACAGGCUGUAAGGACUAGUCACACACAAGGAGUCCACCCUCACAGAUCUCUGCCCCAUAAUGAGGGCCCAGACAGAGAUGACAGCGAGGACGUGAGGAGACUUCCAGAGGACAGACCAGUAUAUACAUGUGUGUAUGAGUGUGUGUCUGUCUCCAGUCUGCUAUGAAGAGGGCCAGUUACAGACAGUCCACUGCACCCUCAACAUACCAGUUGGAAACACACUGCUUGCGUUAGGUUAAGCUUAAAGCAGUGGCGGUGGGUGAGUAAAAUGCCUGGGAAGCCAAGUUGGGGAAGAAAAUCCAUAUUACAACCUCUAUAAGAUGUCAUUCGUAGCCUAUAAUCAGACAUAUUGUGUAGGUUGAAUAAAUGUCUUUCACAUGUUUGAGUCAUGAAAAAAACUAUUUGGAAAGAAAACACUUGACUUGCCUCUGCUAUUCCAGCUAAAUUUAAACACAAAUCAACCAUUCUUAUAACUUACAGCAAUACAGCAAGACAUAAGAUAGCAACCCAAAACAAAUCAAUCAAGUGGUCAUAUUCCUUUUAGCCUGACAGAAUCAAAUAUAUGGCCUACACACAGUGAGACAGGGGCGCUGUUUUUUUUUGUUUUUUUUAUUCACAUCUUGUUGUGGCUUGGCUUCCAAUGACAUCAAUACAUGUAACUGGCUUAAAGCAAGAGCCGGCUCAGAGACAGUCAUUCUUCCUAUCCUUCACUCCUCCCUCUCUCUGUCUCUCCCACUCUUUCUAACUGGGGGCGGAAACAACACAACUGUGUCUGUGUGUUUGCUCCAAGGGCAGUAUCAGAGCAUGAGUAUAUGAAGCACAUAAACCAGCUAUCUAAUGCAAUAAGUUUAUGACUCGUCCCACCAGAGUGAGCACACGCAAUAUUAAAAUGUUACUCCUUUAGCAGACACUCAUAUGCACAGUGACUAACAGGAACAGUUAGGGUUAACUGAUACAUUUUUCAUCUUGUCAGCUUGGGCUUCGAUCCAGCAAACUUUGGGUUAAUGGUCAGGCGGUCUAAAGGUGCACUCCUGGAUUUGUGGCUGUUGGUUGGUGCACAAAGUGGUUCUGUUGAGCCAAAAAUGCUCCCUGAAAAUGGCGUACUACGCGUCAUAUGUGCCGAUGUGUGCCCCAUGUCAUCAGAUCACAUGUUUUGAUUAUGCACAUGCGAACAAUUUAUCACACAUCCAUCCCAAAAUGGCGGGUCUAUCCACACAAGUCCAGGAAUCUUUUUUUAGGCCACCUGCUCACACAUGAACACACACAUCCCCCCACGCACGUGGGUGGAAGAUGAAGAGCAUUAUUGCUGUGGAUCUGUCGUGACACGCCUGACACAGCAUAAGUGUCUGGCACGGGCCACGCCGCACAACAUCAUACAGACGUCAGCGGGGAUCCUCUCGGGUUCCUCAUCCUCCAAUCAGGAGUAGAGGAAAGAGGGAGACGGGAGACAGGAGGGGAGAAAAAGAGAGACAGAGAGGGAAUAAGAGAGUCAAGAGGAGCUACCAUCUCACAAUGUACGUUAGCAAUAAAACUGUGAAACCAACGUCCAUUGACGUAGAAGUGUUCUUAACUUGUCAGGAAGUAGCACAUUGGGUUUGUACAGGUUGAACCUCCGAAUGGACAGGUGGACAGACAGGCAGGGGACAAAGCAGCAGAGAAAGGAUCGGGUAGGUUGGCAUGUGGAGGUGGAAGACAGUAGUGUGUUCUUUACACACUUUACACACUUUACACACAAACACACUAACAACAAGUUUAGCUUCAGGCAUCAAAACGGUUAUUUGACAGCCAUAUCAAAUCAUUUUGGCUCAGUGCAAGUUCAUAACCUGAUCACACACAAUCUUUACUUACCAGUAGAAACUAUCAAUGAACACACACAAACACAAACAUACUACUGCACAGCUGUACGACUCGACCCAGGACAGUCUACAGCGGUUCUGGCUAAUUCAAACUGCAGUAACUUAUAUUAAGUCAUAUUGUAUCUUUUACUAUUAUUAAAGGAUUUACUCUGAUGUU